GGGGGCGGCGCGGCGCUCGGCGGGGGUGCGGCGGGCCGGCGAGGGCGGGGGCGGCGCGGCGGCCUCCAGCGAGGCCGAGCCCGCGGACUUCGUCUGCGUGCUGGACGGGCAGCGGUUCAGUGCGAACGCCGCGGAGAAUCCGGGCUUCCGGGACAGGGUUGCCGGGUCGCUGCUCGACGCGAUGAACUCGGGGCCGUCUUCCGCGAUGACGCGGAGGGGCGAGGACGGGUCCAUCCUGCUGCUCGCCGAGCACCUGCCCGACGAGGUGGUGGAGUGGUUCCCAGACAUCUGGACUUACCUGCUGGACGGGGAGUGGCCCAGGGCGACCGAGACGCUGCGCGACCACAUGCGGAAGCAGAGGGCGCAGAAUUUUCUGGGCCUCCAGACGGCCGAGUCUGGUGGUGAGCAGGCGGCCAUGUUGGUCUUCGGCGCGAACCUGGUGAACCUACCCGACAACAAGCAGCACGCAGCAUCCUGUAUGCGCUUCGUGGGCAGCGGCGUCCGCGAAGUGCCCUUAGAUCCAGCAGGCACGUGGGACAACCCGGACGGUGCCGUGGUAAUGCGCGUUGGACCGCGUUCUAUGGUCCAGCUGGACGGCGAGGACAUCAUUUACGUUAAGCUCAACGGGUCCAGCAACUACGUCUACAUCACGAGGCACAAACUCCUCAAGAACCGGCACCUGCGCGCCGCGGUCAUGCGCCCGUACACGUCCCAGUACCCGAAGUUCGGCAGCGGCGUGGUGCUCUUCCUGCACGCCUCGCCGCGGGAGGCCAGGCGCCGCCCCGAGCUCACCCGUGUGGCGGCCUGGCCCGCCUUCUGGCUCGUGGUGUACGCCCGCAGCGACGGCCGCGAGGUCUACUCCUGCCAGUCCUGCGAGGUGCUCCCGGGCGGCCUGCGCGAGCUCUCCGACGGGGCCCUGGUGCUGCUGUCGAAGCACGAGAGCCUGCGGCACAUGCUCCUGAGCAUCUACCCCGUGUCCCCCGAGGAGAGGGUGCCUGACCGUCCCGCCGAUCUCGGAGGAGGAAAAGCAACACUACCUUUCAGUCGGGCCUGUCCCUCUGCAGGGGGAG